AUGAAUACAGAAUUAUUUCUAAAGAUAUUUAAAAAUAAAUUAUUAAAAAUCGAUAUCUUUAAACAAGUUAAUCAAUUAAAUCGAUCUGAAUCAUAUUAUUCUUGUGGUUGGGAAGAACUUCAAAAGAGAUUCACUUUGUUGAUCAAGUUUAACUAUGUCGAUAAGUUUAGAAUCUAUCUUAAAAGCUAUCAACAGAGAAGAAUCAAAGAGGUGAAUAGUUUCUCUUUCAUAUACUAUCAGUCAAUCAGGACAGCAGUUAGAUUUGCGAAAAUCGAUAUAAUUAAAGUGAUCACAGAUGAAUUUAAUUUAAAGUUAAACGAUUAUGUAAAGCCAAGAAUCUUAAUGAGACAAGCAUCAUUAUCUGGAUCAUUGGAGAUGUUAUUGUUCUUGGAUCAACAAACAUCGAUUGCUUGGCAAGUCAGUGAUUAUAUCGAGGCAUUCAUCAAAUCACCGAUCAAUUCAGAUCUCGAAAUUGUCAAGUGGCUCUAUGGAAAGAUUAGACCUGCAAUCAAUGAAAGUACGAAAAGAAGUCACUUCACCUCUCUAUAUAAUAUUUAUAAAUGGACAGCAAAGAAAGGAAAGAUUGAUAUUUUCAAAUGGUUGAUGGAACAAGAUGAUUUAAAGACUGACAACUUUGAACUUGUAAUUCAAAAUGCUUGUACAACUGGAAAUAUUACUUUUCUCAACUAUUUAAUAGAUAAUCAUUCGAAUCAAAUCAAUUUUCAUAAGAUAACAAUCAACCUCGAUGAAAUUGCCAAGAAUUUGAAUGAAAUAAGCGAUCCACUCGAGAUUAUCAAAUGGGUUCAUCAACACUUUAGUCAUUUCAAAUGUUCAACGGAUCUGAUGGAUGCUGCAUUACAAAUCGAUAGUCUGGAGUUGAUUCAGUGGUUGCAUGAGAAUAGAAAUGAACGUUUCUCACGUUCUGGUAUGACCAAUUUUUAUGAAUAUUCGUUGGAAACAUUAACCUGGAUACAAAUGAAAGGAAUUGAAAUGUUUUCAACUGAAACGAUGUCCAAUGCUGGUUUUGAUUCUUCCAAAAAGCUAAAGUGGCUACACGAGAAUUCGACAAUGGAGUUCACUGAAGAUACUGUUGAAAAUGCAGCAUACUCUGGCAAGUUUAAAUCAAUUAAAUAUUUGCAUCAAAUCUCACCAAAUUUAUUCACUAAAAAAGCAAUGAGUAAUGCAGCUGGAUCGAACAAGAUGGAAUUGGUGAAAUGGUUCCAUGAGAAUCGGACUGAAGGAUGCACCUAUGAAGCGAUCGACAAUGCCUGUGAAAACAACAAUCUCGAAAUGGUCAAAUGGUUGAAUGAAAAUAGAACUGAAGGUGGUACAUUCAUAUCGAUCAUGUACUCCAUCAUCAAUAACAAUGUAGAAAUGUUUCAAUAUCUAUUGGAGAAUGUUUUCAACAAAACCAUUAAUGCCGAUCGAGAUGAACCGUUUAUCUUUGACAGCCAAAAGAUCACAACACGUCAAGCAAUGUCCGAAUGUUUCUUUAAACUACUAAAGAAACAUCAAACUAAUACAGAUUUCUUAGGAGAAUAUAUCAUUUCCUAUAUAAAAGAUCUUGGCGCUAUGAAUGGCUGUUUGGAUUUGAUUCGUGAUUACUAUGAGUUGGGUAACUUUAGUGAUCUACAUCAUAGCAACGAUACCCCAUUAUUUUAUGCAUCGUUAUACAACCACUUGGAUAUCGUAAAAUAUUUUGUAGAAAUAAGAAAGGUUAAAUGGAAUUCUUCAAAGUUUUGUUUUGCACACGGCAACGGACACUUUGAUGUGUGCGAAUGUUAUUUCGAGAAUACACCAACCCCAAAUCUCAAAAAAAUAAUGGAAGAACAACAUCUUUUUGAUAAAGAGUCAACAAAUGAAUUCUUGGAAAAUUUUCGUUAUAUUUUUGAUAUUACAUUUUUUUAA